AUGCAGAGGUGUACAAAACUCUACUUGUGUCAGCUCCUUAUUCUGAUAGGGGCUUUAUCCAAGGAACCACUAUUAAGAGCUCAAAAGGUACCAAAAAGAUCCGAUAGGCUGAAAAGGAGCAGAUGUAUAGCAGCUAUUGACUUUGGAACCUCAUCAGUGUCAAUAGGAUAUAUUACGCCAAAUGAAAGGAAAAUUAAAAUCCUACCACUUCACAGCACUUAUGAAAGAGUACCUAAUGCUAUACUGAUCACAAAGAAUGAAGGGGAGCAGAAUGAAACAACUGGAAUUGGACAUAGAGCACAAAGUUUAUACAGUGGUAGGAGGAAAAAAAAUGAGAAGUUCAUAUAUUUUGAACGAAUAAAGAAUUUGCUUGAGAGAGAUAAAUCAUUAGAUCGUACUACUGAAGUCUCUUCAUUCACUGGAGGAUCUUAUUAUCUCAUUGAAGUUAUAGCUUUUAUACUAACACACCUCAAGGAGAAGCUACUGACUGAUCAUCUCAAAGGAGACUACAAGUCAAGUGAUUUUGAUUGGGUCAUUACUGUUCCUGCUAUAUGGAAAGCAAGAGCAAGAAGAAUGAUGAGAGAAGCUGCUUAUAUGGCUGGUCUCACUUCUGAUGCUCCUGGUAUAAUAAGGUUCACUCCAGUUGGUUCUCCUUUACCACGUCCAGAGGAGGUUAAUCCUGAGAAGCUAUCAUUAGCUCUAGAACCAGAAGUAGCUGCUAUAUAUGCACAGCAUCAGUCAGAAGUUAAAGGCCUUCCUCCACAGAGAUAUAUGGUAGUUGAUAUAGGAGGAGGUACAGUUGAUAUUACUGUACAUGAUAAGAGUAAUGGGAGAAUUAGUGUAGUACUACCACCAAUGGGCAACAACUGGGGAGGAACAACUGUCAAUGAAGCCUUAUCAGAAUUACUGCAAGAAGCAGUAGAAGAUAAAGGUUUUGAGGCUUUCAUCAAAUCAGAUGUUGGUAACAAAGCUGUUAUCAAUAAACUGAUUUAUGAAGACUUUGAGAAACAGAAAAAAAUAUUCGGAGAUGCAACAUCAGAUUUUGAAGAAAUGGUACUUAAAUUACCAAGACCUUUUAUAAAUCAUUAUGAAAGUAAUGAAAUACUUAAAGCGAUGAAACACAACAUGUGUUACAAUCCAGGAAAAGGUUCAUUAAGCAUAGGAUAUGAUCUCAUAGAAAAAAGGGUAUUCCAAUUCACAAUAGAUAAGAUCAUAGAGUGUGUGGCAGCAGCAUUUGAUGAGAUUAAGCCUAAUGGAAUCAAUACAGUUUAUCUGGUAGGAGGGUUUGGAGGGUGUAAGUUUGUUAGCCAAAAGAUAGAAGAAGCUAUCGCUCAGCAUCGUGGCAAGCUUUAUGAUAAUAUAGUGUGUCCUGUACAACCAGAUCUUGCUGUUGUAACAGGAGCAGUAAUGUGGAGGAAAGAUCCUAACAUAAUCCAAUCACGUGUUGCUGAUGCUACCUAUGGGACAGGUCUUAAUGUUGUAUUUAACCCAUCAAUGCAUGAUGAACAUUACAAGUUCCUGCAUGCAGAAGAGGAUGUACAAUAUUGUGGUAAACUCUUUGACGUGUUUGUACUCAAGGGAGAAGUACUAAGAGAUGAAGUAUAUAAAAGUGCAAUCUUACCUUUGUAUCAAAGCCAGACAAGCUUAAACGUUCCUAUAUACUGUACAGCAGACGAUGGAGUUCAGUAUAUAGUAGAUAAAGAAGGUAAACGUACAGUAUGUAAGAUUGGUGAGCUAUUACUUGAUCUUCCUAAUCCUGAUAAUGUACCAACCGAAGAGAGAGGUGUAGAUGUAUUCAUGGAUUUCAGUGGCACAGAGAUACAAGCAAGAGCUCAGUAUCGUAUCUCAGGGAAAGAAGUGAGAACAGUUUGUGACUUCCUAUCAAACCAAGACUAAGAAUAGUACACGUAACGUAAUGCCAGUAAUUAAUGACUUUAGUUUUCAUUGCCAUGAAUGGAAUGACUUUCUUAUUUGUUUUCAAUCUAUUUUAUGUGUACUGCAUUUGAUGCUUUUAGUAAUAACUAAU